AUGACCCUAAUUCAAGUGAAUACCAACUCAACCCUCAACGGCCACAAGCUGCUCGCCAUCACGCCCUGGCCAUUCCCGCACGACUUUCUUGGCCAUCUGCAUACUCGCUUUCCAGGUCUCUCCAUCGCCCUUUACAAGGCUCCCUUUGGCAAGGGAAACUGGAACGACAUCCCAGAGGAGGACAAAAAGGACGUCACCAUACUAGUAACCGGGACCUGUUUCCCGACGCUGGAACAGGCCCCCAAGCUGCAAUUUGUGCAGGUGCUGAGUGCGGGCGCAGAUUUCGUCCUGGACGCUCCGGCAUUCAAGAAUAGUGAUAUCCCGUUUUGCACAGCGAACGGCGUGCAUGGGGGAAUCCUGGGAUAUGGCAGCAUCGGCCGACAAGUAGCUCGCAUCUGCAACGCCAUAGGCAUGGAUGUGCAUGCAUAUACUCUGCAUCCUCGCAAAACGCCAGAAUCUCGCCGCGACGAGACCUACACACCCCCGGGGCUGGGUGACCCCGAGGGCAUCUUCCCUAGUAAAUGGUUCUCGGGCAGUUCCAAAAAGGAGCUCCAUGACUUCCUGGACUCUGGUUUGGACCUGCUGGUCCUGUCAGCGCCGCUCACCAAAAGCACUGUCGGUCUCAUAUCGCACCAAGAGUUCAACAUACUCGGUAAAAAGAAGGCAUUCGUGUCUAAUAUUUCAAGAGGGCAGAUGAUAAACACGGAUGCGUUUGUUGAAGCCCUCGAGGGGGAGGUCAUUCGCGGUGCGGCCAUUGAUGUCACAGAUCCAGAGCCCUUGCCCGACGGGCACAAGUUGUGGACGACCAAGAAUUUGAUCAUCACGCCCCAUGUAAGCGGAGCGACAACGGCGUAUGCGAAGAGGUUUUUGGCGAUUUUAGAGGACAAUUUGGAAAGGUUCAGUCAGGGGAGAAAGUUGACGAAUGAGGUCAGCAGAAAGGACGGCUAUUAA